AUGCAGCGUGCGUUGACAAGAGCCUCGGUCUCUUCCCCGCUUGGGGCCGCACGGCUCCGGUCGACCCAGCAGCUCCGCUUCGCUCACAAGGAGCUGAAGUUCGGUGUCGAGGGCCGCGCAGCUCUGCUCAACGGUGUCGAGACCCUUGCCAAGGCGGUGGCCACCACCCUCGGUCCCAAGGGUCGCAAUGUCCUCAUUGAGUCAAGCUUUGGCUCGCCCAAGAUCACCAAGGAUGGUGUGACGGUCGCGAGGGCCAUCUCCCUGAAGGACAAGUUCGAGAACCUCGGCGCUAAGCUCCUGGCCGACGUCGCGUCCAAGACGAACGAGGUUGCCGGUGACGGAACCACCACCGCCACCGUGCUCGCCCGCGCCAUCUUCUCCGAGACCGUCAAGAACGUGGCUGCCGGCUGCAACCCCAUGGAUCUCCGCCGUGGUAUCCAGGCCGCUGUUGAGUCCGUUGUCGAGUACCUCCAGAAGCACAAGCGCGACAUCACCACCAGCGCUGAGAUCGCUCAGGUUGCCACCAUCAGUGCCAACGGGGAUGAGCACAUUGGCGCCUUGAUCGCCAACGCCAUGGAGAAGGUCGGCAAGGAGGGUGUCAUCACCGUCAAGGAGGGCAAGACCAUGCAGGACGAGCUCUCCGUCACCGAGGGUAUGCGCUUCGACCGCGGCUUCGUCUCUCCCUACUUCAUCACCGACGCCAAGUCCCAGAAGGUCGAGUUUGAGAAGCCUCUGAUCCUCAUGUCGGAGCAGAAGAUCUCUGCCGCCGUGGACAUCAUCCCCGCCCUCGAGAUCUCCAACAAGCUCCGCCGCCCUCUCGUCAUCAUUGCCGAGGACUUCGAGGGUGAGGCUCUUGCCGUCUGCAUCCUCAACAAGCUCCGUGGCCAGCUCGAGGUCGCCGCCGUCAAGGCUCCCGGCUUCGGUGACAACCGCAAGUCCAUCCUUGGCGAUCUUGCCGUCCUGACCAACGGCACCGUCUUCACCAACGAGCUUGACGUCAAGCUCGAGAAGCUCACCCCUGACAUGCUCGGCACCACCGGCUCCAUCACCAUCACCAAGGAGGACACCAUCAUCCUCAACGGCGAGGGUAGCAAGGACGCGAUCGCUCAGCGCUGCGAGCAGAUCCGCGGCGUCAUGGCCGACCCCACCACCUCCGAGUACGAGAAGGAGAAGCUCCAGGAGCGUCUCGCCAAGCUUUCUGGUGGUGUCGCCGUCAUCAAGGUCGGUGGCUCCUCCGAGGUCGAGGUGGGUGAGAAGAAGGACCGCUUCGUCGAUGCCCUGAACGCCACCCGCGCCGCCGUCGAGGAGGGUAUCCUCCCUGGUGGUGGUACCGCCCUCAUCAAGGCCUCGUGCAACGCUCUCAACGACCUAAAGCCCGCCAACUUCGACCAGCAGCUCGGCGUUAGCAUCGUCAAGAACGCGAUCACCCGCCCGGCGCGGACGAUUGUCGAGAACGCCGGCCUCGAAGGCUCUGUUGUUAUCGGCAAGCUCAGCGACGAGUAUGCUGCCGAGUUCAACAAGGGAUUCAACAGCGCCAAGGGCGAGUACGUCGACAUGAUCGAGGCCGGUAUUCUCGACCCCCUCAAGGUCGUCCGGACCGGUCUGAUCGACGCCAGCGGUGUCGCCUCGCUCCUCGGCACCACCGAGGUGGCUAUCGUCGAGGCGGCCGAGGACAAGCCCGUCGGCGGCGGCGGCAUGCCCGGUGGCAUGGGCGGCAUGGGUGGCAUGGGUGGCAUGAUAGCGACCGUCAGCCCCGACUGCGUAACGGCUUACAACGAGCUCAAGCUCAACAAGAAGUACAAGUACAUCAUCUUCAAGCUGUCCGACGACAACAAGGAGAUUGUCGUCGAGAGCACCAGCGAAGACGCCCCUGAGUACGACAACUUCCGCGAGAAGCUCAUCAACGCCCAGUCCAAGACCAAGUCUGGUGCCGUGGGCAAGGGCCCCCGUUACGCCGUCUACGAUGUUCAGUACGACCUCGCAUCUGGCGAGGGCACCCGGAACAAGAUCACUUUCAUCGCCUGGUCGCCCGAUGACGCCGGUAUUAUGCCCAAGAUGGUCUACGCCUCCUCCAAGGACGCCCUUAAGCGCGCCCUGACCGGCCUGGCCGUUGAGAUUCAGGCCAACGACAGCGACGACAUCGAGUGGGACUCGUUGGUGAAGACGGUCAGCAAGGGCACUGCCGCCUAA